AUGAAUCAAUGGUUCCAAAAAUUAUUUCGACUGACCAGUAACACUACAAGCCACAUCCCCUCCAACUAUGAAAAAUUAAGUCGAGGUCAGUUAAUUCAAAAGAUUCAGACAUUGGAGAAUCGAUUAAAAAGAAAUGACGUUUUGCCACCCAAUAAACCUGGUCGAAAACCUUUCGACGUAAACCGUUAUGUAGAACGUCGCAUUGCGUUAAAGGUAGCUUAUCUCGGCUGGAAUUACUCUGGAUUUGCAUCACAGGGCGACGAGAAUACAACUCCAACCGUUGAAGGACAGUUGUUCAAAGCAUUGACAGCCUGUAAAUUGAUUCAGCAGGCCGACAAUUGUCAAUUCACUCGAUGCGGAAGAACCGAUAAAGGCGUUAGUGGACUAGGACAAGUAGUGGCACUAAAUGUCCGAGGUACUAACAGUAAAUCUGACACUGUCAAGGAUCCCUUACCGUAUGUUGAAAUUUUAAAUCGAUUGCUGCCUGACGAUGUUCGUAUUUUGGCCUGGGCGCCCGUCGGUCCUUCAUUUAAUGCACGAUUUGAUUGUAAAUCAAGAACAUACAAAUACUUUUUUGAGAAAGGCCAACUGGAUUUAGAAUUGAUGAGAACUGCUGCUAGUUAUAUGACUGGAUCUCAUGAUUUUAGAAAUUUCUGUAGGCUGGAUCCAUCAAAAAAUAUCACCUGCUACGAACGAACCGUUUUGUCAUUGGAAAUUAAGCCACUGAGUGACGAUUUUUACGAGGUUGAGUUAAAAGGAACAGCGUUUUUAUGGCAUCAGGUUCGAUGCAUUAUGGCCAUUUUGUUCUUGGUGGGGCAAAAAUUGGAAAAACCAGAAAUCGUGAAAAACCUGUUAGACAUUGACCUAGUACCGGCAAGACCCAACUAUCCUAUGGCAAGUGAUUUGCCACUCAUGCUUUAUGACUGCGAAUUUGAAAAUAUGAAUUGGAUUUACGCAAACGAAAAUAAUACAGCAAAAAUCACUACUCCUUUAAAAACAUAUCGACAUUUUCAUGAGUUGUGGAAUACACAUAUUAUCAAAGGGCACUUAUAUAGGACUGUGUUACAACAAAUUGAAAGCAAGGCUAUUAAUGAUGGUACAGAUGUAAGAGGCCGUAUCAAUGCAAGUGACAAUAAGCAAUCGACGGUUCUAUUAGGAGCAGGUAGAACUCUUAAAUCCGCUAAAUACAAACCAUUAUUGAGUAGACCUAAAGCAGAUUCUGACCAGCGUUAUUUUAUUGCAGAAAAGACUCGACUCAGGUCGUACAAAAAAGCAGAAUAUGACCCAGGCAUUCUGUAUAUGAAUUACAUCACUUCUUCUAGAAAGUACUUUUGGGAUGUUAUUGACCUGAAGUCAUCAUGAUUAUGCUUCUACCCCAUGACUAAAUAUAGGCCGUAUCCAUUGUUCUGUUGAUAUGUGCCUAUGUGCCUAUGUACCUCUAUGCAGUGUCCGUCAAGGCUGCAGAAAGUUGUAUUUAAACAAGUGUGGAAUAAAAAGAACGUUUUCAAUAGAAAGAAAAAAAAAGUGUUUAUUUGGAGGGGGGAUACAUGGUAUUUUUUUAUACAAAUUAUG